CUCCGCCGUCCAUCCUGACCUCCCUCCCCUCUGAGGACCCCCCUUCCCCUCUCUCUUCUCCCCCAGAUGCUAGGGUUAGGUUUAGGGUUAGGGUUUGGUCCGUUGCCCUAACCUCCUCUUUAGAAAGGAGAAAAGAGCUAGGGUGUGGGCGGCGGCGGCGGCGGAGGAGGAGCUAGGGUUAAGGAUGUCUCGUGCUGGGGGAGUGAGAUCUGUGGAUGUGAGCUCCAAGGCGCCGGGGGUCUCGGUGGUGACCACGAGCGGGAAGAAGCGGUCGGAGACGGCGUCGACGUCGGCGGCGGUGGGGCCCAAGAGCAAGGAGAUCAAGCAGACCACUGCUCAGUCGCCGCAAGAUAUCUCUGAUACUGGGAGCGAGGAAACAGAUCUGAGCACUUCUGAUGGAGAUGAUUCAUCAUGGAUUUCUUGGUUUUGUGGGUUGAGAGGAAAUGAGCUCUUCUGUGAAGUUGAUGAGGACUACAUACAAGAUGACUUCAAUUUAUGCGGACUUCAGGGACAAGUUCCCUUUUAUGAUUAUGCCCUGGACAUGAUAUUGGACAAUGAUUCAUUGAGUGGUGAGGUUGACGGUAACGAACAAAAUGAAAUUGAGUCUGCGGCAGAGAUACUGUACGGUCUUAUACAUGCACGCUAUAUUGUAACUACCAAAGGAUUAAAUGCAAUGCAUGAGAAGUACAAGAGAGCAGAUUUUGGACGCUGCCCUCGAGUUUUCUGUGGGGGACAGCCAUGUUUGCCAGUCGGCAUGUCAGAUAUGCCCCGCAAUGGUUCUGUGAAGAUCUACUGCCCCAAAUGUGAAGAUAUUUAUUUCCCUAGAUGCAAAUAUCAGAGCAAUGUGGAUGGCUCUUAUAUCGGCACGACAUUCCCUCAUCUGUACAUGAUGACUUAUCCUUCAGCAAAACCAGCAAAGCCAGCUCAAAGGACAAUAAGGGUUUCCCUUUGCGGGUCUGAUUAGUGAUUCUUUUCGCCCAGGAGAUAAAAGUGCUGCCAACUGAUGGAUGGCUGUAUCCUCUCAUAAGCUCAAGGCGUCGAAGUAUGGACACCUUAGUAGAAUUCUGAAAAUCACUGCCAAGAACAAUUUUGUGUGUAGUAAUACUGGUUUAGUUAGCGUCGACGUUUAUUGUAUUUGGUGGGUGUGUAGUAAUACUGUUGAUCCAGUUAACAUCUAUAAGUAGUUUGGCAAACUAAUUGGCAACAUUUAGUUCUCAUGUCCAACAUAAUGCACCAUACAUCUGGGUGCCUUGUGGUUGCUUGGCUUGCCUUGAGAAUGAAGUGGCCAGGGGUUUUAUCUGCAACAAUGAAACUAGAGGGGUGGUAAGCUCAAAACAAUGAUGCUACAGUGCUUAUUUGCGACUGA